CCAUGGAGAGAACACUCCUUUCCGUACUUGUUGUCGCUGUGUGUCUAGGCGUUUGCUCAGCCCAGGUGUCGUGUCCUGAUCAAUGCUUGGAGCUAUCAAAUGACAUACAUGGUCCUGAUUUUUCUUUAGGUGAUCUCAUCAGAUACUAUACCUUUGCUUGUUGGCGAUGCAGUAACUACCAGACAACAACGUCAACCACAACAUCGGAAUCAGCAACAGCAUCUACGGAGUCGUCUUCAGAUACAGAGGCCACAUCGUCUGAGGGCAGUGGGUCGGCACGCAUCAACGCACGACCACAUCUACACAGCGCUAGAGAGAGGGCUUUACUCCACAGUUCAGGGUCUCGCAUCAAUGCACGACGGCACCUAUCCAGCGCCAGUGCGCGACCUUCACUCUACGCUUGAGGUUACAGUCGCCAAAACAGCUAAGGCAAUCCCUGAAGAUAGCUUCUGUGGCAUAUCAUUAUUACUUACUUGAUUCUUAUUAUAACUGCACCGUAUGUAAAAAAAUUUCUAGAAAUUUAUUAAUAUUUAGUGUUGCAAAACGAAACAGAAUAAAAAAACUUGUUACAUUCACAAA